AUGUACAAGGAAUUCCCCGUCGAUUUGAGCCACGCGCAGGCUGUCAAAGUCUUACACUGCAAGCCCGUUCGUUUGUCGCACUCGCAGUUGAACAAGGGUCAUGCGCAUUAUUUCCAUCCUGAGAACUACAAAAACCUUGUGAAAGCUUACGAAUCGGGCAAAGGAACGACUUUGCAUAUGUCUCAUGGAGAAGUGCUUCGAAUUCAUCAGUCGGGACUUAGUGGCUCUGGUUUCUGGGGAAGCUUGUGGAAUGGAAUCAAGUCUGCUGCAAAAGGUAUUGAUGGUUUCCUUAAAGAUAACUGGAAGCCAAUCACUUCUGGACUCUUGGAUGGUAUUGCCACCGCGGCCGGACCUGAAGCUACCCCAUUGCGUGGUUUGGUGAAAGAGGUGAGCGACGUGGGUAUGGCACCUCCCAUGACUCGUCGUCGUAUGAAAGGAGGGUCGUUUCGAUUGGGAUAA